AUGCUUUUUCGCAUCACCCGUCGCGUGGACAGCGAUGCUAAUGACGGGCACAGCGCGGUCAGCUUCAUGGAAGAUGUGGAGAUGGCGCAGGACGAGGUAGAGCUCCAACCCAUGAACGCUUUUCGCACAUCGAGACAGCAGCUGACGACCACAAUCAAGAUGUUUGCGGGCCCCAUGUCGGAGAGCGUUCCUACGAGCAUUGCCUCUUUUGCACACCGCCGCGGCCGCGCGGACUCCACCACGAGCUUCACUUAUUACGACGAAGACGGCGACUCGGACGCAGAUAUUGAAGAGGAGGCGAUUGCAGAGGAGUACGGCGAGAUCGAGUAUGACGGGUAUACUGUGGAAGAGCUGGACGACCUGGACAAUGCAAGCUCCCUUGCACCGUCGCAUAGGCGCCGCAAGUCUUCUGCCUUCUCCAGACGUAGUUCAGAUCGGCCUCUGCUGCGCCGGCAGUCCUCGGUAUCCAGCGUUGGCUCUGGUGACGGCGCAAGAGGGCGGCGAACGAACCAGAAGAUCUACAUCUUGACUGAGGACUUGACUAUUGUGAUCGCUGGCUUCAACACGUCAACAAUCGGGUUCGGAAUAUACGUAACCAUCUGCACCAUAACGGUCGGACUGGCCUGGCUGAUCUUCCAAUGGCUGCCGAGGUGGAAGGUCGCUCUGAUAGGACGGCCUGCGCCCCUCAAAGAAUGCUCAUGGUUGGUCAUUGAAAAUCAAUGGGGCGAGUUUGCGGUGCAGCAGAUUGACGAACAGGAAUACGGCCGCUCGUUGUCAACGGUUUUCGGUGUACCGGAAAAGGAUCGCCAUCGAGACUACGAUGAAGAGUUCGACCCCGUCAUCAAGCAGCUGCGCUGUCUCGACUACCGCUACAUUCGCUUCUGCUACAACCCGCUCAAAGACAAAUUCGUCCUGGCCAAUACUUGGCAGGACCCAGCAUGGACAAACGUCACGGCACUUCGUGAAGGUCUCGAUACAGAAGACCGCGAAUAUCGCGAGCUGGUCUUUGGCAAGAACGUCAUUGACCUCGCCGAGAAGCCUACAGGGCAACUGCUGAUCGAAGAGGUGAUCAAUCCGUUCUAUGUCUUCCAGAUCGCUAGUUUGUUCCUCUGGUCAGUGGACGAGUAUUAUUACUAUGCUGCGUGCAUCUUUGUCAUUUCUGUGGUCAGCAUAACUGCGACAGUCAUCGAAACGAAGGCCACGAUGAAGCGUUUACGAGAAGUAUCACGCUUCGAAUGUGAGGUGCGAGUAUUGCGAAACGGUUUCUGGCGCACCGUCGACUCGGCAGAAUUGGUUCCAGGUGACGUCUACGAGGUCACAGAUCCAUCCCUCACGCAGUUACCUUGUGACAGUCUGCUACUGUCGGGAGACUGCAUUGUCAACGAAAGUAUGCUCACAGGUGAAUCGGUACCUGUAUCUAAGGUUCCAAUGACAGAUGAGGCUCUGGACGUGCUCGACCUAGGUGCUUCUACCAUUCACCCUGAAAUCGCAAGGCAUAUGCUAUUCUCUGGAACGAAGAUCAUCCGCGCUCGGAGACCUCACGAGGACGACAGCGAUGAAGAAGCUGCGGCUUUAGCCAUGGUAGUACGGACCGGUUUCAACACGACAAAAGGCGCGUUGGUACGAUCGAUGCUCUUCCCCAAGCCUUCUGGGUUCAAGUUCUACCAAGACUCUUUUCGAUAUAUCUCAGUCAUGGCAGGCAUCGCCAUGAUAGGUUUCGUUGCUUCAUUCGUCAACUUCAUCCACUUCGGCCUCGCCUGGCACCUAAUCGUGGUGCGCGCGCUCGAUUUGAUUACAAUCGUUGUUCCGCCUGCGCUCCCUGCGACCCUCACCAUUGGCACCAACUUCGCCCUUUCUCGGCUCAAGCAGAAGCAGAUCUUCUGUAUUUCCCCACAGCGUGUGAACGUUGGAGGUAAACUCGAUGUGGUCUGUUUCGACAAGACGGGGACCUUGACAGAAGAGGGUCUGGAUGUACUUGGUGUGCGCGUGGUCGAACGACCAGCGAAUAGGUUCAGCGAACUCCUUACCGAAAACGUAGACGUACUUCCUUGCUCGAGGUACGAUCGGGACCCUACCAUUGAUUAUGCGAAACAUAAGGCGAUACUGUAUACCAUGGCAACAUGUCAUUCUUUACGAUUAAUUGACGAUGCACUUCUCGGUGAUCCGUUGGACGAAAAGAUGUUCAAUUUCACUGGUUGGAGUUUCACUGAGGGAGAACAAGGGGCUGGCGUCGGAGAAGAUGAGCAGGAUAAGCUCCGGCCUUCUGUUGCCAGGCCGCCCCCCGGCCGCGAGUACGACAUUGACGAUGAAGAGGAUGACGAAAACAGAAAACCCAUCGAGCUUGGUGUACUCAAGUCCUUCGAGUUUGUGUCGCAGCUGAGGAGAGCAAGCGUCAUCGUCCGUCAGUUUGGUUCGAAGACCGGGCAGGUAUACGUCAAGGGAGCGCCGGAAUGCAUGAAGGAUAUCUGCCGCCCUGACAGCUUUCCUACGGAUUAUGAGGACCUGUUGUCCUACUAUACCCACAAAGGCUUCCGUGUCAUCGCGUGCGCAACAAAGACUCUCAGGGUCAACUGGCUCAAGAUGCAGAAGAUGAAGCGAGAGGAGGCCGAGAAAAACCUUGAUUUCGUAGGAUUCAUCAUCUUCGAGAACAAGCUGAAACCGACUACCACUCCCGUCAUCGAAGAGCUAGAAAGGGCUAACAUCAGGACUGUCAUGUGUACCGGAGACAACAUCCUAACGGCCAUCAGCGUCGCUAGGGAGUGUGGACUCAUCAACAAGACUGCCCAUUGCUUUAUCCCACAUUUCAUUGAGGGAGAUUCCAGGACCGCGCUUGCUAGCCUUAGUUGGGAGAGUGUCGACGAUUCUCUGUUCAAGCUGGACGAGAACACUCUUAAGCCUCUACCACCACCAGCCGAAGCUGAUGUAUCUCUACCCUACGAUAUCUCUAACCUCAGGAAUUACUCUCUGGCCGUCAGUGGAGACGUCUUCCGCUGGAUCAUCGACUUCGCGCCCGAGAAGGUCCUGCGCGAAAUGCUUGUAUGUGGACAGGUUUUCGCACGCAUGUCACCCGAUGAGAAACAUGAAUUAGUCGAGAAACUACAAAGUAUUGACUAUUGUGUCGGAUUCUGCGGCGACGGCGCAAACGACUGCGGUGCCCUCAAAGCCGCCGAUGUGGGCAUCUCCCUUUCAGAAGCAGAAGCCUCGGUCGCAGCGCCGUUUACUAGCCGUGUCUUCGACAUCUCGUGCGUGCCGCAAGUUAUCAAAGAAGGUCGCGCUGCCCUCGUCACCAGCUUCAGCUGCUUCAAGUAUAUGAGCUUGUACUCGGCUAUCCAGUUCACCUCCGUCAGCUUCCUCUACGCGUCCGCGUCUAACCUUGGCGACUUCCAGUUCCUCUUCAUCGACCUGUUGCUCAUCUUGCCAAUCGCCAUCUUCAUGGGAUGGUCCGGCGCAUUCCCGAAACUGAGCCGCAAACGGCCGACAGCUAGCCUGGUGUCGCGUAAGGUGCUGACACCGCUGCUGGGCCAAAUAGUACUCUGCAUACUCACGCAAGCCAUCGCUUACGAAUACGUCCAAAAGCAGCCUUGGUACCGGCCCCCAAUCGUGGAUAAGGAUCACUCCAACUCGCUCAACAGCCAAAACACCGCCCUUUUCCUUGUCUCUUGCUUCCAGUACACGCUCUCCGCCAUCGUCCUCUCCGUCGGGAAGCCCUUCCGCCAGCCCAUGUCGCAGAACCUGCCCUUCGUCAUCACCAUCCUCUUCGCGCUCAUCAUCACGUGUUACAUGCUUUUCGACCCGGCAAGAUGGCUCACCAAGUUGAUGGAGCUUACUCCCAUGAGUGUCAGCUUCAAGGUAUUCUUGCUGGUGCUGGGCCUGGGGAACUUUUUAGUCGCGUAUGUGGGCGAAAAGUAUGUGCUGCCCGUGCUGGCGAGGUGGAUUGGGUUGGCGAAGGUGAAGAUGAAUCCGAAGUGGAGAAAGAAGAGGAAGGAGUAUAAGCUCAUUAAGGAAGACAUGAAGAUGCCUUUAUCAUCAAGACCUCUCGAUUUCAAGAAACGAAGCCUACAUGCCGAGCAAAAGACUUCGUCCCUCUCUCAGUCUUCGACUCAACCUGGCGAAUCAAGAUUCUACUCUGCAGUAGCUUCAUCGAAUACGAUCCGAAGGGUCGAUUCGCGGGAUGCUACUACUAGCGCUGGACCAUAUGAUGUUUACGGGGCUGUCGUUGUUGGAGCUGGACCGGCUGGUAUUACUGCUGUAGGGAAUCUACUAGAGAAUCGUAUUCAUCGAAUCCUCUGGGUUGACGAUGCUUUCAAUGGCGGAAGAGUGAACAAGUACUACCGAGAAGUUCCGUCAAAUACGAAAGCCAAGCUCUUUGUUGAAUUUGCAACUGCCGUCGCUCCCUUCAGGGAGAUUACCUCCGGAUCGCUUUCGGGAGACCGAUGGAAGGAGCAGAGGACCAGUGAUGGCAUUUCCAGCGAUGCGAAAUCAGAUAAGCUUCAAGAUCUUCGACAACUAGAUCAGGAAAGCGGCUGUCAAUUGAGCCAUGCUGCCGAUAUGUGUCUUAUGCUCACGGAAGGACUGAAGCGAACGCCGGGCGUCAUCGCACAAAAGGGUCAGGUGGCAAGCGCAAUUCUAGACGAGUCGACAGCAACGUGGGCCAUAGACGUUUCCACAGAGGGAGAUUCUACACAAGGCAUCACCAGCGUGCAAGCCAAACGCCUGAUUCUGUGCACUGGAUCGUCGCCAACCGACCCGCCUCUGCCAUACGAGCCUCAGGGCUUGAAGCAUUUACAUCUCGACACCGCGCUAUCGCCGACCAAACUUUUAGAACUUCUCUCGCCCUUGGGCCCGACAACAAUCGCUGUCAUCGGAGCGUCACACAGCGCUGUGCUUGUCCUAUGGAACCUGGCCAAACUUGCCUUGACACGCAAACCAGACCUCAAGGUCAAGUGGUUCACAAGACAUCCGCUACGGUAUGCUGAAUAUGUAGACGGUUUCAUCGCCCGAGACAACACUGGCCUCAAGGGCGAAGCGGCACAAUGGGCACGAAACAACCUUGAGCCCGAGACAAUGCCCGACUCUCCGGUCAGCGGAAUCAUCACGAAAAUUACCUAUAAUAAAGGCGAUGAGGAGUCUGCAUACCGCGAGCACCUCAAUGGCACAUCUUUUGUCGUGCAAGCAAUUGGCUACAACCGAGAUCCGAUUCCAACUCUGAGGACAUCCAGCGGCCAGAGAAUUGAACCCCUUUUCGAUCACAAUGAGGGAGUUUUCCACUAUAUGAAGCAGGAUGCAUCUGGGUCGGUCGGUGAGCUUGCGCUGUUGCCUGGCGCAUACGGCGCAGGUAUUGCGUUUCCGGAGAAAGUGGUUGACAAGAAAUACGGCCACGAAGAGAUGAAUGUAGGAUUUUUCAAGUUCAUGACGGCGGUCAAGAAAUGGUCGAAGGGAUGGAAGGCUGUGACGAUAUAG